AUGCUACGUGUCGGUGACCCAGAACAAUUUCUUCGGGUCAUGAUUUCAACGGCUGGACAGGCAACAGUGCUGGUAGCUUCGGAAGGCUGCCCACCUGGCAGACCAGGAACCACUGCCAUCCCCAAGUGUGAAGAUGCUAGGGGCGGGAUUUUCACGUCUUCAAAUUCGAGUACAUGGAAGACGUCAAGUGCAGGUAAUUACACGCUCGGUCUGGAAGAGAAUCUUGGCUACAAAGAUACCUACGCCACCUUUGGGUUAGAUUCUGUGGCUCUCGGUCCUAGCGAGGCCUUGGGUGGUCCAGCUCUGGAAUCACAGACCGUAGCCGAGCUUGCCACUGACCGUUUCUAUCUCGGAUCAUUUGGACUCAACCACCAGCCUGUCAAUCUCUCAGAUCCUAGCAAUCCUCAACAAAGCUACUUAUCCACCCUCAAGAAUCAGAGCAGGAUUCCAAGUCUCUCUUGGAGCUAUUCCGCUGGGGCACGUUACAGUAAGUGGGAAAUUUAUGCUCAAAAUAGAUCACUUACCUUCAAAGGGCUCAAAGGGGUCUUUGGGAGUCUGACUCUCGGAGGCUAUGAUUCCGAACGGUUCUUACCAAACAACGUGACAUUCCACCUUGCCACAGAUAUCUCCCGGGACAUCGUAGUCUCUGUGCCGUCUAUCGUGAUCAUGAACCAAAGCGCUUCAGUCAAUGCAAUCUCAUCUCCUAUUCUUAGCUUCAUUGACUCAACUCUGCCUUUCAUCUACCUUCCGCUCGAGGCAUGUCAAGAGUUUGAGCGGUUCCUCGGGCUGACAUGGAAUGAUACCUGGAAGACUUACUACAUAGACGACAAUCUUCAUGAGAGCUUACUCACAAGCAACCCCAAUUUCACGUUUCGAAUAGCAGAUACGACAUCUCCAGGACCUACAGCGGACAUUGUCCUACCGUAUGCGAGUUUCGAUCUCAAUGCCAGCUUCCCUUUCGUGCCAGCGGAUACACGGUAUUUUCCACUGAAGCGAGCUGCCAAUGACACCCAAUAUACACUGGGACGUACCUUUUUGCAAGAAGCAUACCUCUCAGUCAAUUAUGAAUACUCAAACUUUUCCGUAUCUCAAAGUAAAUUCAAUCUUGAUGAUUCACACAACAUCAUUGCCUUUCCGCCGAAGACCGACAGGCCCAAUCUUGUAUCACAUCAUAGGAAGCAGCCAUUGAAUACUGGUGGUAUCAUUGGUGGCUCCAUUGGUGCUGGAGUCCUUGUUAUCUUGGUGGUUGCCUUCCUGAUCUUGUGGAUUCGCAAGAAGAAGCGCAAGUCUAAGCCGAUGGAAGUGGAGAGAAACAAGAGCGUGUCUGAUCCAUCAAGCUUGCAAGCCGCGACAAUCUCUCCGAUGAAUGAAAUUGGCAGAAAAGAGACCCCUGAGAUACUUGACACUGGCAGAAUGCUCGAACUAUUAGACACAGAAACGCCUUCAGGUUCAGGUAACGUCAUUCAUGAGCUUCCGUCGCCUGUUGCGACAAGAAAGCGCGAGCUGAGAUCCUGCAGCUGGUCAGACGAGCCACCCAGAGGUCGCAGUCAAGGCCGUCAGCGCUUGAGACCUAUCGAACUACCGGCCACUAUAACCUCUGCAAAGCGCGAAGCUCGCAGAAUAGCUGCGUGGAACUAUGGUUCAGAAAUCAGAGGUUUGACCAUCAGGCCGAGUCGAGAUUUGAGAAACGUUGAUCUGGAUCGCUCCCUACCACCAACCCCAGUAUCAGAGAGCCCUCAGCUUUCACCAAUUAUGCCAAAACGCCACGGACCUUGUUUGAUCAAGAAAUCAUUCGAGGCUUUAAUGACGAGCACUGAGCAGGAAGUAAUGGACGUAAUGAGCAUCAUCGAAUGCUAUCUUUCGGACUAA